AUGCAGUCCCAAGAGGCGUGUUCUUUGUUAGCCCUUAUUUCUGGUAUCAGCGAUAGUGAGAUAGGAGAACUAGUAGCUAGAGAACUCGACUACCAGCCUCUUGCUUUAGCAAGCGCAGCCACCUAUGUGAAGCAACUCCGACAGAGCAAACGUUUCUCAGAGUUUGGAUGGAAUGACUUUCUGAGGAAAGUAGAGAAAGGGCAACGUGAUGCGACAGAGACUCUACUUACAGAGACCAACUCAUGUUACAAGAAAUCGAUGACAACAGCAACAAGACUGGCCAUUAAAGAAGUGAUGCAAUCAGACAGAAUCAUAGAUCAUGCAUUAAGUUUUCUCUGCCUCCUUUCGUCACAACCCUUAAAUGCGGAUAUCUUGGUGAAUUAUAUCGUAAGCGUCGAUGAAGGAAUAAAAGAUGAAGAGAUGAUAACUAUGAAACUCCAAAGAUGUUCGCUAAUUUUAUCGCAUGAAGAUGAGUUCGGUUUCCACAUACGGGUACAUCAGGUUGUGCGCGAUGUCGUAAAGUCUUUGAUUAAGGGCUAUCCGGAAAGCCAUCACAUUAAAACUUUAAAAAGCGCUGUUGCAGUGUUUAACCAGUUUAUAGAUGACAACCUACCGAAGGAAUCGUCAGAUUCAAUUUUGCAAAGCCACGCCCUUGCCCUACAUUUGAAAAAUUUCAUUCUUAGCUUUGAAAACGUACUUUCGAAAGUUGCCCUUCAUCAAAUCACCCAGCCUGAAAUGGAUAAUCUCGGAAAGAUAUGUGAGAACCAUUGUCAUUUUCAGGCCGCAAAGAAAUUCUAUGAAUUUUCAUUGCAAUUUUUCCUCCAAACGUUUGGACCUAAGCACACCAGUGUUGCAACUAGUUACAAUAACUUGGGUGUGGUGCACUACAAACAAGGCGACUUUGCGGAGGCCAAGGAGUAUCACGAACUUGCUCUGAGUAUUUACCAGAAAAAGCUAGGACCUGAGAAUGUACAAGUGGCAACUAGUUACAUUAACAUGGGUGUAAUGCACGACAAACUGGGCGACUUUGAGAAGGCCAAGGAGCAUCACGAACUUGCUCUGAGUAUCUACAAGAAAAAGCUAGGACCUGAGAAUGUACAAGUGGCAACUAGUUACAAUAACUUGGGUUCUGUUCACGAACAACUGGGCAACUUUGAAAAGGCCAAGGAGUAUCACGACCUUGCUCUGAGUAUUUACCAGAAAAAGCUAGGACCUGAGAAUGUAGACGUGGCAACUAGUUACUGUAACUUGGGUCUAGUGCACGCCAAACUGGGCGACUUUGCGGAGGCCAAGGAGUAUCACGAACUUGCUCUGAGUAUUUACCAGAAAAAGCUAGGACCUGAGAAUGUACAAGUGGCAACUAGUUACAGUAACUUGGGUGUGGUGCACAACAGACUGGGCGACUUUGAGAAGGCCAAGGAGUAUCACGACCUUGCUCUGAGUAUUUACCAGAAUAAGCUAGGACCUAAAAAUGUGGACGUGGCAACUAGUUACAGCAACUUGGGUCUGGUGCAAGACAGACUGGGCGACUUUGAGAAGGCCAAGGAGUAUCACGAACUUGCUCUGAGUAUUUACCAGAAAAAGCUAGGACCUGAGAAUGUACAAGUAGCAACUAGUUACAAUAACUUGGGUUCUGUUCACGAACAACUGGGCGACUUUGAGAAGGCCAAGGAGUAUCAAGAACUUGCUCUGAGUAUUUACCAGAAAAAGCUAGGAGCUGAGAAUGUACAAGUGGCAACUAGUUACAGUAACUUGGGUCUGGUGUACAACAAACUAGGCGACUUUGAGAAGGCCAAGGAGUAUCACGACCUUGCUCUGAGUAUUACACAGAAAAAGCUAGGACCUUAUAAUAUAGACGUGGCAACUAGUUACAUUAACAUGGGUGUGGUGCACGAUAAACUGGGCGACUUUGAAAAGGCCAAGGAGUAUUACGAACUUGCCCUGAGUAUUAGACAGAAAAAGCUAGGACCUGAGAAUGUAGACGUGGCAACUAGUUACAAUAACUUAGGUUCUGUCCACCAACAACUGGGCGACUUUGAGAAGGCCAACGAGUAUCACGACCUUGCUCUGAGUAUUAGACAGAAAAAGCUAGGACCUGAGAAUGUACAAGUGGCAACUAGUUACAGUAACUUGGGUCUGGUGCACGACAGACUGGGCGACUUUGAGAAGGCCAAGGAGUAUCACGAACUUGCUCUGAGUAUUAAACAGAAAAAGCUAGGACCUGAGAAUGUAGACGUGGCAACUAGUUACAGUAACUUGGGUUCUGUUCACGAACAACUGGGCGACUUUGAGAAAGCCAAAGAGUAUCAAGAACUUGCUCUGAGUAUUUACCAGAAAAAGCUAGGACCUGAGAAUGUACAAGUGGCAACUAGUUACAAUAACUUGGGUCUAGUGCACGACAGACUCGGCGACUUUGAGAAGGCCAAGGAGUAUCACGAACUUGCUCUGAGUAUAACACAGAAAAAGCUAGGACCUGAGAAUGUACAAGUGGCAACUACUUACAUUAACAUGGGUGUAUUGCACAACAAACUGGGCGACUUUCAGAAGGCCAAGGAGUAUCACGAACUUGCUCUGAGUAUUUACCAGAAAAAGCUAGGCCCUGAGAAUGUACAAGUGGCAACUAGUUACAAUAACUUGGGUUCUGUUCAUGAACAACUAAGCGACUUUGAGAAGGCCAAGGAGUAUCACGAACUUGCUCUGAGUAUUACACAGAAAAAGCUAGGACCUGAGAAUGUACAAGUGGCAACUACUUACAUUAACAUGGGUGUGGUGCACAACAGAUUGGGCGACUUUGAGAAGGCCAAGGAGUAUCACGACCUUGCUCUGAGUAUUUACCAGAAAAAGCUAGGACCUGAGAAUGUAGAUGUGGCUACCAGUUACAGUAACUUGGGUCUGGUGCACGACAAGCUGGGCGACUUUGCGGAGGCCAAGGAGUAUCACGAACUUGCUCUGAGUAUUAGACAGAAAAAGCUAGGACCUGAGAAUGUACAAGUAGCAACUAGUUACAAUAACUUGGGUCUGGCGCACGACAAACUGGGUGACUUUGAGAAGGCCAAGGAGUAUCACGAACUAGCUCUGAGUAUUAGACAGAAAAAGCUAGGACCUGAGAAUGUAGACGUGGCAACUACUUACAAUAACUUGGGUCUGGUGCACGACAAACUGGGCGACUUUGAGAAGGUCAAGGAGUAUCACGAACUUGCUCGUAGUAUUUACCAGAAAAAGCCACGACCUGUGCGUGUUUAUGAUGCGUCUGUACCAGCUACCAAAAUUCUCGUGAGGUCUGUUCAUUCGGCCCAGGACAUUUUACAGCAAGCCGAGGGGUGUCAUGUUCCUGCCACUAACUACCGUUCCCGGAAACGUGCAGGUGGAGAUAGUCUUGCUCCAGUUGUAAACGAUGGGAUCGACGCCUUGAGUCAAAGCUGGUUUGAAAGUAGUGUUAAAUCCUCUAAAAAGCGUAAGACAAAAAAGGAGUGAGAAAUAGGAGGACAGAAAUCGUAAGAAUUAGUUACAAGUCAUUUUCUUGAAUUGCUGAGAUUCCCAGACGAGACAAUGAAAGGAAUUAUUUCGUAACAUAACCGGAAGAUUUGAAUACAACUCACGAGAUUAAAUUUCAAAUUAGUAUUUUUCGUAACAGCCCGUGGUCAGCAUGUUUCUUGACAUAAAAAGCUUUCCGAAUAGGUGGAAUAGACUUGUUCGAGUUUUGACUUGUUUCUAUUGGCUGUCCUCUUCUUUUUUAUAAGUUUAAAUCAGGAUAUUCUUUAUCUUUUGUCAAACAAGUGGCAAUUCUUAUCUGGCAAUUUUUUAACCUUAGACAGAUUUGCUGUAAAGAAAAGUUUUAAAGCCAACAGUAGUUCAGCUUUUCAAUUAACGAGCACAAACUGCACUUAUUGUGUUUGAAAACUGUUCCUUUGACGAUGCUAUCGUAGCCUCAGCUCAUUUAGUAGCCAAAGAUCCUACGUUUUCAAUUUUAUCGAGCCGUUUUUCCACUCAUAAUUACAGGCGUG